UGAUGUUUACUGUUAGAUCUGUAACACGUGAUCUCAGCUUCUAAUCUAAUGUUACUGUAUUUUAUAAAAAGUCCUACAGUUAUAGUUAUGAAGGAGUAAAAUAUGGUUUGCAUCUUUUUUUUAAAGAAGACUAGAACUACAGUAACAGCUCUGCAUGUUAGUUAUUACUAAUAUUAUUGAUAUUUACCUAUUAAUAUCUGUACUAUAACUACUGACACCUCCGACUAACUGUUACUGCAUCACUGCUGAAGACGGUGAGAGCGUUCUGAAGCCCCACACGAUGCUGAGCGACACUGAAGCUCAAGAGCUCCUCUCUUUCCUUCAACUGGGCACAAGAGCAGACGUUAAGGGCCAGGCCACGGAGUACAUCCUCGGUCUGACAGCUACGCGAGACGGCUGCCGCUACCUACGGAUGAAGCCGGACUUCCUGAAGGCUCUGGUCACGCUCACAGCAGACGUCUCCAUCGCCAUUGUGAAGGACUGUUACCACGCCCUGGUCAACCUCUCAGCCGACGAAACGCUCCACAAGCCCCUGGUUAAGGAGGCGGGCGUUUUACCCGUGCUGCUAAACCGCCUGCUGGACCCAGAGUACGAGUUUUCUGACCGCAUCUGCUCGGUCCUCAGUAACCUGUCCAGGCAUGAGAGGACGUGUGUGGAGGUGUUCCACGAGCUGCAGGAGCAGCAGAUCGGCAUGGCCAAGGUAGUCGAGAUCUUCUGCACCGAGGGCUUUAAUAAGAAAGCCUCGCUGCAUUACCUCGGGCCGCUGCUGUCCAACCUCACGCAGUUACCCCAGGCCAGGCACUUCAUCCUGGACAAGGAAAGGUGUGUGAUACAGAGGCUUCUCCCCUACACACAGUACGGGGCGUCGGUCACCAGGCGGGGUGGCGUCGUGGGCACGCUCCGAAACUGCUGCUUUGACUACACCCAUCACGAGUGGCUGCUGAGUGACCAGGUGGACAUUUUGCCCUUCCUGCUGUUGCCCCUGGCCGGUCCAGAGGAGCUCUCUGAGGAGGAGAAUGAAGGUUUGCCUGUGGAUCUGCAGUACCUUCCAGACGACAAAACGAGAGAGGAAGACCCCGACAUCCGCAAGAUGCUCAUCGAGACACUGCUGCUGCUAACGGCUACCAAAGUGGGACGGCAGAUUAUGAAGAAGAAAAACGUUUAUCCCAUCAUGCGCGAGUUUCAUAAAUGGGAGACGGAGCCACAAGUGACUUCUGCGUGUGAAAAGCUCGUUCAGGUUUUGAUCGGAGACGAGCCGGAGGAAGGGAUGGAGAACCUAAUGGAGGUAAAGAUUCCCGAAGAUGUAGAGCAGAAGCUGAAGGAGAUGGAUGCCAAAGAGCAGGAGGAGAUGGAAAAAGGGCGAGAAGAGCAGCUCAGAGCGGAAACAGGGAGGAGUCACACCGCCGAUCAGGAAGGGCUGGAACGAUGAUCGUCCAGCAGGAUGGACAUCACACACACACACACACAUCUCACACACACACCAUACGUUUCUCACCAGCCUCAUGAGUUUCGGUUGUCGCUCCAUCAUUCAAGUGAAUUCCUCCCGGAGGUCUCAGUGCUCUCCUGGUUUAACAUGUACAGCGGAAUAAUGUUGAUUGAAAUCCACAGCGUUAUCUUAGUUUUAGGAGAAGACCCGGUCCGGACAAUGGUGUACUUUUGUACACCAUUGUUUAAUUUACGAAGGUGAGUCAAAUUUUCCGCAUUCUGGAUAUACAAUUCAUUUUAAUUAACUUUUUAGAAAAGACAUGUUUUACAUAAUCUCUUUGCUUUUCAAUACACUUUGUCCGUCAGCCAACAAGCUCUUGUAUUCCCUCAUUAAAAAAUGUUUUAGUCUGAGCUGUGAGACACGAAUACGUCGCUGUCUUCAGUUCAUCAGAAGUGACUCUUUAACACCUCAGAGUGUCGACAGUGUGGAGCAGAAGUGUGCAGAUGUGCAUCGUCACAGUAGAUCACGACACUCUGGGGUAUCAGUCCUCUGUGUUUAGUCUUAAUCUCUUCAAUAAGCAUCUCACUGUAAUGAGCACUGUUAAUUGUUGAAAAAGGUUCAACAAUGAUGUUUCAAUACUUUUGGCCCUUGAGACUCCCAGAAAAGCGUUGAUGAAUUUUCUAGCUGAUGGUCGACUUUUGAACAUUUUCUCAGUCUGUGAUUGAGAAUUUUUUUUUCCAUACUCGUAGUGAUGAAUCUGUGUCUCGUCACCAAUCCGUGUCAUUACUCACCAGUAAAGAGUGACGAUUCUUUAGGACACUUUCCCCUUCCUCAGAGUAUCGCUCCAGAUUCUGUUCACAGAUAUCCAAACACUUCUGUUUACGCUCUUCCAUUAGUAAUUUCAGCACCAGGUACGCCCUUAGACCACUGCAAAAUAAAAAUCACUGCUUGCUGCUCUUCUUUAGUGCAGAUCACAUGUGAGGCGUCCAUUUUUACUUAACACAGUUACAAAUGAACUGAUGGAACUUGUUCACACACACCUGCACAGUAGUGACUAGAGAGACAGGAGCCUCGAACUGAAUUUUCGACUCUCAUAGAUAUUUUGGCCGUGGGGCUGGAUGUUAAAAAUUGUCACCUUUACUCUGUUAAUCAUAUGAACAUUUCAUAUUAAAAUCCCUUUACAUCCA